AUGCCUCCCAAACGCUCUGCUUCGAACACUUCUUCUAGCAGCUCUAAGAAAGCCAAAAUGGAUAGCGACGCGAAAUCGCGCGACCCCCGCACAAUGAAGAGCGAGCGCUGGUCGCGCGUCUCUGCAUCCAGCAAUGCCGACGCUGCAUACAAGUCUUCCAUCGAGGAUCCCGUCAAGGCAUAUUCCUAUGUCUGCAUCUGUCGACCGCCCUUCGACGAUGGAGACGACCGGGAAGGUGAAAACGACCGGGAAGAUGAAGACGACCGGGAAGAUGAAGAUGACUUCAGCGAGUCUUCUUCCAACAAUUCCUCCUGCGACGCGGGAAAAACAUGCCUGUGCAACAAGCCCGCAGCAGAGCACCCCGAUCAUCCUUGGAUUUUGACCAAUGCGGGCAAGAGCAAGUGGUCCACUCAGCAUCUUUUUCUGGACCUUCGAUGCCCAGACGCCUUCAACAUGUAUACCUUCAACGACCAUGAGGGCUAUGGCGCGCUCGAGGUCGUGCAAAACCUAUUCAUUGAUUAUAUCGAGGCCUUUUUUAUUGGCAAGAGCAGCCCCUUGAACUUGCGCCUUGACGUCCACGCUACUAUUUUAUUGACCGGACGCAUGUUCCUCGCGAUGCUCGCGAAGCUUGAGCACCUCAAUCUCCUGAAGCCAGAUUCCGAAGUCAAAAAUCUCGGCCUCAUAAUGGCCCUCUACAUCAAGCUUGCUUCCACCGAGGACAUCUCCGGCUACGGCGAUGUCACCGAGGAGAUCAAGAAAAAUAAAGGAACCGACGAGACCUUCACCUUCCUUCGGUCUGACUUCGCCUCCCACAUCCUCGCCUACGCCAAGAGAUACAACAUCAAGCUUGUCGGGCCCACAGACAUUGACGACAUCGUCGAGGACCUGGAUGACGAAGCUGAACUGCCCGAACGCGAUGAAGACCCCUUCGGUGACCCCUGGAACUUGGCCGACGCUAACAAAGAGUAUGUUGAGAGCCACGCCUCCUACCACGACGGGCGGAAAGGGUGGAAGACCCACAUUGGCGGCGAUGCCCUGGACAUUACCACCUGGAGUUCAGCAGACCGCAAGAAGGCGAGCUUUGACGGUAAGGACCCCCUCAAGAAGGAGGAACUUGACGCCAUCAAGAAGGGGAUGAUCUUGCAAUUGGCUUAG